GCACGGGAGCGGCUGGAGCAGUGCGAUGCGCGGGUGUCCUCCAGGUCCCAAACGGAAGAGCAGUGCACAGAGGAGCUUUUUGACUUCCUGCACGCCAGGGACCACUGCGUUGCUCACAAACUCUUUAAGAAGCUGAAGUGA